AUUUGAUCAUUUAUCUUUUUCCUUUCCUUUUUUUAUCAUUAAUCAAUGUCAAUAUAUAACAACAGUUAUGGCUCAAUCUUACCCUCUUCUCCCACAAAUAUACAAAAACUAUCCAAAGCUGAACGAGACUUGCUACAAGCAGAUAGACCAGGAUAUGGAACACGUACUCGAUUAGAAGUAGCUUUCAACUUGGUAAAUGCCACUGUAGGUGCUGGUAUCAUUGGAUUACCAUUUGCUAUUGCUCAAGCUGGAUUCUUUACUGGAAUUAGUGCUUCUAUUAUCGUCGCUGUCUUGGCACAACUUGGAUUAUACAUGCUUAUCAUCUCCGGUCAACGUGUCGGAAUCCAUAAAUUUGCUCUACUUGUUGAAUAUUUACUGGGUAAACCUGGUUACCACUUUCUUAACUUCAUGAUAUGUGUGCAGGCUGGUGGCGGAGCUGUCAGUUACUUUAUCCUCCUUGGAGAUAGCUUUCCUACACUAUUUGAAAGAUAUCUGCCUCAGUUUCCUAUUUUGGCUAAUCGUACAUUUGUACUGCUUUUUAUCGGUAUUCUAUUUAUUCUACCUUUGAAUAUGCCGAGAUCUAUCGGUUCUCUUGCAAAAUGGUCCAUCAUUUCUGUACUUUGUCUCCCCAUCAUCCUGCUGACUAUCAUCAUCAGAGCGCCCGCCUACGCUCCUAAAGAAGGUGUUCAAUUUGAAUGGGUCGGUAACGAUGUGUGGAGCGCGCUUGGUAUCAUGGCUUUUGCAUUCACCUGUCAUCAAGUGGCCUUUAAUAACUUCCUGACCCUCGAAGAUCAGACGACCUCCAGCUGGAGACACACCACCAUUUUGUCAACUGGCAUGAGCUGGGUUAUCUCAAUGACCUUUGCCAUCAUUGGUUAUAUAUGCUUUGGAAAUGAUGUUAAAUCAAAUCUGUUUAUGAAUUUUGCUACUGAUGAUCCCAUUGUCAAUAUUGGCCGAUUUGCACUUGGUAUCAGCAUGAUCUUGACUAUUCCUAUGGGCAUCUUUCCCACACGUGAGGCCAUUCAAAAAUCAUUGGGGUUCGAGACAGCAAAAAAGCAACCAAGUGAUGUCCAGCAUUAUACGGUCACUGUCCUACUGUUCAUGGUAAUAUUAAGUUUCGGCAUAGCCGUAAGAUCAUUAGGUACAGUCUAUUCACUCGUCGGUGGAUUCUCAGCAACAACUCUUGCCUAUAUUAUACCUGCUGCCUCUUAUCUGGUCACACGUCGUGUUUAUCUCAAAAAUGAUAUUAAGCCCAGUAACAUCGCUGUGUUUCCGACCCUGACAGGUACGACCACGACUACUGUAGAUGAAAGUGAUAUCAAAACACAACUCUCGUGGGACACAUCGUCUAUCGCUUCCUCUUCUAGACUAUUCGAUGAUGAUGUGUCCACUGUAAAUGGAGAUCCUUGUGAACCCAUGCUGGUCAUUCAUGAUAAGGCUCUUCGGCCCGGUUGGUUCCUGGAUGUGGCUUCUGUUUUACUCAUUCUUUGGGGAUUCCUCGUCAUGUUCUUCUCUAUCUCUGGUGCUUUAAGAGGGAAUGCAUAAACAAAAAGACGCACAUACACACAUUAUAUACACCAAUGCAUUCUUAUUUUAAUUUGCUUAGAAUACCAACUACAUAUGUAUAAACAUAUAAUGCACAUGUACACCAACACACACGUUUGAUAUGCAUCAAUAAAUGAUACAAUUUAGGGACGUUGACCGUUAAUACGCUGUAU